AUGGAGACUCCAGCCGUACGUAUUGUCGAAGUGGGUCCACGAGAUGGUCUACAAGCCGUUGAAGAGAUUGUUCCGACAGAACUCAAAAUCCAGCUCAUUCAAAGACUCUCCAAGACUGGCCUGCGAUGUAUAGAAGCCACUUCGUUCGUACCGUGGCGAUGGAUUCCUCAACUAGCCGAUCACCGAGCGGUCAUGCAAGCGAUCAAAGAAAUCCAAGACGCUGCCAGUACCCAGAUCAGAUACUCCGUGUUAGUCCCGAACCUCAGAGGAUUUCUGGCUGCCGCUGAGGCAGGUGCGCGGGAAGUAGGAGUCUUCGUAUCGGCUACUGAGAGGUUCAGCCACAGCAACAGCAAUUGCAGCGUCAAGGAGGGCUUAGCGCGUGCCAAAGAGAUUGUAAAGAAGGCCGGGAAUAUGGGAAUACACGUACGAGGGUACAUCUCUUGUGUCUUCUCGUGCCCAUUUGAAGGCCCAACAGAUCCACAGGAUGUGUUGACGGUCGCGCAGGAGCUGCUCAACAUGGGAUGCUACGAAGUCAGUCUCGGCGACACUACGGGAACUGGUACUCCAGCCCAUGUUCGACGUUUGCUCGACGUCCUUCUGAAAUCCAUCCCUACCUCUCGACUGGCGGGUCAUUUCCAUGACACGUACGGUCAAGCUGUGGCCAAUGCUGUCACAGCCUACAAGCUAGGUCUGCGCACGUUCGAUAGUAGCGUGGGCGGCCUGGGGGGGUGUCCCUACAGCCCAGGGGCAAAGGGUAAUCUAGCCACCGAAGAUCUCGUCUACACUUUCCAAGAGAUGGGGAUUGCAACGGGCGUGGAUUUGCACAAGCUGGCAGAAAUUGGGCAUUGGAUAAACGAAAAGCUGGGGAAGCCAAAUGGCAGCCGAGCGGGUGCAGCCAUCUAUUCUAAACAUGACGCCGCACCAGCUAAAGGCACCCCCAAGUGUCAACCUGCAGUUUGGACCAUGGUCAAAAUAGACCCAGAGUACGAGCUGCUCCGAAAUGUGUCAACAGUCAAGAUAGUGCUGAAUCGACCCCGCAAUGGCAACGCUCUGACCCGGACAAUGCUCACACACCUGACCACGCUCUUCGAGACGCUGUCCAAAGACUCUUCGGUGUUUCAUAUUGUUCUCACAGGUACGGGCAAGUAUUUUUGCACGGGAAUGGAUCUCAGCAGCGGUGGCGCCACAGCUACUGGGGCGGACGUGGCUUCGAAACAGGACCAGUUCGAAGGGCUGUACCAGCUAUUCGAGGCUAUCGACAGAACUCCUCAAACAACCAUCGCACUAAUCAAUGGACCAACAUUUGGGGGCGGAACCGGACUUGCCUUUGUCUGUGACAUCCGCCUGGCUCAAGCCAAUGCCACGUUCACCAUGACCGAGGUCAAGCUAGGGCUUUGCCCUGCAACUAUCUCCAAGUUUGUCGUUCGCGAGUGGGGGAUAGCCAUUGCUCGUGAGGCUAUGUUGACAAGUCGACCGGUCACCGCGCAAGAACUGCAUCGUUUUGGAGUGGUACAUGCCAUAGCCGCUUCACCUUCGUUACCGUUGUCCGGGGUCGUGGAUGAAUCGCGCCAAAACCUUGAUCAAUUAUUGCAACAAUAUUGCGACAAAUUCCUCCACCGUGCUGCCCCGCAAGCAUCUGCACGUACGAAGGAGCUCGUCUCCGCUGCAUGGCGGUAUGCCGGUGAUGAGCGUCAAGACAAGGUCAUCAAAGACGUGUUCGAGUGGAUGAUUGCUCCUAGCAAGGAAGCUCAGAUCGGCACGGACGCAUUUCGAGCGGGAAAAAAGGAAGUGGACUGGUACAUGGAGUAUCAAAAGGGUAAACUGACCAAAGGUAACGGCCGGAGCCUUAAGCCCAAGUUGUAG